AUGAACACAUCGCCGCAAUUUCUGCCGUUCCAAGGCUCUCGCCGCAAUUCGCUCGAGCAGAGCAUCUGGGCACCCAUGCCCUCCGAACGGCAAGUAGACUCCUCCGCGCACCGGGCCUCGUUGCAGCCUCGCCAGGGCAGUCUUGACCAGGGCCUCGCCUUCGCACCGGGGCUCUGGGACCCUUGGCGUCCGCCGGAGCUGCCCCAGUGGGACUCUGCCCGCCGUCACCUGGUGGGCGACGUUUUCCCGGGCAACCAGCACCAGCAACAUCAACAACACCAGCAACACCAGCAACACCACCUCCAGCAGCCAGGCUUGCAGCCCCAGCAGCUUCAAAAUAUGCCCCAAUUUGGCUGGCCCGGCCAACUCCACCACUCCGAACAGCCUCACGGCUUUAGUGGGCAGGCGUUUCUGAAUUACGUUCCGCGCAGCGCUAAUCCGCCCCAGACCCACUCCAGCCCCACCAACGUGCAAAGUCCCCCGAAAGAAAACCAGGAGUUUCCCGUCUCAGCGCCCGCCGCUCAGCAGCAACCUGAAACGAGCGCUGUCGACUCCGUGGAUGCUUAUUUUUCUGCCGACCCCCACCAGCGUGUCAAGGUCACCGCCGAGUACCUCUCGCAGCGCUUCUUUGACGAGGAAAAAUAUCUCCUGGACCUGUACCAACUCCCCAAGUUUCCCGUCGAGAGCCAGUUGCAUGAUGCGCAACUAGUGCUCGUGGCUUUCAAGGCCGGCCGCAUCGACGUCUUCUACCUCCCCAGCUCGCUCACGCAGCCAAUUGGCGUGGGUGACUUGGUCAUGGUGGAGGCUGACCGCGGCCGUGAUUUGGGCAAAAUCGUGAAAUUGAACAUUUCCAUCGACGAAGCUCGUCUCCUCAAGCUUCUUCAGUUCUUAGAGCAGCAGGCCGCUCUCUGCGACACCUCCGUGGGCGAUCUCCUGGUGAGGCUGCUCCAUGGUGCACCCCACGGCGGCCCCGCGCCCCCUACCCUCCACUUCCCCAAACCAAUUAUUGGUUUGGCCCAACACAGCGAGACUGUCCAGAUCUUGAACAAGAAACAGGACGAGGAAAAGGCUUGCCGUUUGUGUCUUGCGAAAAUCGCCUCGACUUCCAGCGCCUUGGAUAAGAACAGCCUGAGUCUGUUGAGCCUGCUGGACUUGAACCAGAUGAAAUUGGUAGACGCCGAAUACCAGUUUGACCGCAAGAAGUUGAUCUUCUACUAUUCCACCUCGCGCAGAAUCGACUUCAGAGACUUGGUGCGUGAGUUAUUCAGAAUUUACAAGACGAGAAUCUGGAUGUGCGCAGUCAACGGCAUCCCUUAUAAGCGUCGCCAGUCCCAGAGCAAGGCACAAGCACAGACUCUGAACUCUCCACCGGGCCUGUCCACCAUGUCCCAAGAGAAAAGUUACUCGCAGGCCGCAGGUGGGAAACCACGGAGCCAGUCUCAGAGCUUGCCGCAAGGCCGGCCCUAUGCCAAUGUUCCACGAAACCUCAUGCGCCAGCCGGAAGAAAAUGGCGAAGGUCUCGUGUUGAAGCUGCUUGUGGACACUCUCAACCACUAG